GAAAAGGACGUGCCGGAGCUGGCAGUUCCCCCUGAGAAGUGCCAGGGGCUCAUGUCGGAGGAGUGCGGGCGGAUUGCAGCCCUGGCGGCCGCGAGGACUCGAAAAGGCGCCGGGGAAGAGGGACUGGUGAGCCCCGAGGGAGCGGGGGACGAGGAUUCGUGCUCCUCCUCGGCCCCGCUGUCCCCGUCGUCCUCGCCCCGGUCCAUGGCCUCGGGCUCUGUCUGCCCCCCCGGCAAGUGUGUGUGUAACAGCUGCGGCCUGGAGAUCGUGGACAAGUACCUUCUCAAGGUGAAUGACCUGUGCUGGCAUGUUCGGUGUCUCUCCUGCAGUGUCUGUAGGACCUCCUUAGGAAGGCAUACCAGCUGUUAUAUUAAAGACAAAGACAUUUUCUGCAAACUUGAUUAUUUCAGAAGGUAUGGAACUCGCUGCUCUCGUUGUGGGAGGCAUAUCCAUUCUACUGACUGGGUCCGGAGGGCCAAGGGGAAUGUCUAUCACUUGGCAUGCUUUGCCUGCUUUUCUUGCAAAAGGCAACUUUCCACGGGAGAGGAGUUUGCUUUGGUGGAAGAGAAAGUCCUCUGCAGAGUGCAUUAUGACUGUAUGCUGGAUAAUUUAAAAAGAGAAGUGGAAAAUGGCAAUGGGAUUAGCGUUGAAGGUGCCCUCCUCACAGAGCAAGAUGUUAAUCAUCCAAAACCAGCAAAAAGAGCUCGGACCAGCUUUACAGCAGAUCAGCUCCAGGUUAUGCAAGCACAGUUUGCUCAGGACAACAACCCAGAUGCACAGACCCUCCAGAAACUGGCAGAAAGGACAGGCUUGAGCAGACGUGUGAUACAGGUGUGGUUUCAGAAUUGUCGAGCACGACAUAAGAAACACGUCAGUCCUAAUCACUCCUCCUCUGCCCCAGUCACAGCAGUCCCUCCUUCCAGGCUGUCUCCACCCAUGUUAGAAGAAAUGGCUUAUUCUGCCUAUGUGCCCCAAGAUGGGACGAUGCUAACUGCGCUGCAUAGUUACAUGGAUGCUCAUUCACCAACAACUCUUGGACUCCAGCCCUUGUUACCCCAUUCAAUGACACAACUGCCAAUAAGUCAUACCUAA